GCCAAAUGGCGUAAUUGGAGUUAUGUUAAAUGUCAAAGCUACUGCAACAGUGUAAACGUGUCAUUACAUCAGCAGACUGACUCAGAGUCUAGAGAUGGCUUAACUUUAACAAACGCACACAGCCUGUCCAUCUCCAUCGUGCAUGCUUUUUGUCAGCCCCUGUGAAUUAUGACAUAUUACCUCCGCUGGAGCAUUACUCACUCAUUCAACAGAACCAGCUCUGCCCCACCCCUCCCCAGCUUGGUCCCCCCUCCUUCCUUCUCUCAGGGUUUAUAACCCAGCAGCUCCAAUAGUUGGCUAACUCAGAGGUGCUCUACAUAUAGUGAAGUAGGUGACUAAGUAAAGACAGAGCAGCUGGAGUGUGCAGGAGCAGGAAAACUUGCUGAGAGAGGAUUCUGAUGUUUUCAGAUAUAUGCGCUGCAACCCAACAAAUCUUAAGAAAAAACAUGCAUAAGAACUCCAUCAUGCAUGUGUUUUGGAUCUGCCUGGUGCUGUGUACGGGUCCAUCGUUGUGUAUAAAUGACAUCGAGUAUGAAAGAAUCUAUGAAGACAACUAUGACAAUGAGAUCCCCCUGGAGCAGCAGGAGGGUGAGUCUCCAACUGCAGCAUGCCAAACAGAUUUCUCCCGCUGGGAUAAACUUUUUAUCGCUCUAGAGGACUCCAACAUGAGACAAAACAUGCUGCUGGAAUCUGUGGAGCAGUGCUGCGGGGGAACGGCGUCUCUUAAGACCCAACUGGAGAAGCUGACGAUGGGGAUGUGUCAGCAGUGUGCACCCAGCUUGGAAGCAGCUUGCAGGGUACAUGCAGAGCAGGCAAGUCUUAGGCUGCAAAAGAGUUUGGUGGAUCUCAGGGAUGAGGAGGAAGAGAGGGAAAGAAGAUUAAAUGCAACCUUGCGGAUGCUCCUACAUGGUAGGCACCAGGACGAUGCUUGGCUGAAGAGGCUAGAAGAAAUCAUUUCAUCUGCAUCUGCUGACAGCAGCAUGAGAGACCAGCCAACACCAACACCUGACGGUUUGGGAAUGAAGCUCUUCACAUCUGGCCUGAAGGAGCAGGAAGUGACCUCGCCGGUGAACAUAGUCACCGUGGAAAGUGCUCUGGCUGCUAUAGCAACAGAGCUUCAGAGGAUUCAUAAGCAGCUGAACAAAGUGAUAGAGCAGGUAGGCAUGCUGGGAAAGGGCAGAGGAGACACAUGAAUUGCCCAAAGGAAAAAUAAAUAGUAAAAGCUUGACUGGAAAACUCCUAUUGCAGAUGAUGAUUUUGCACAUGUUGUUUGUAUUUCUACUGCUCUGCCUUUUUAUAAAGCCUCUGUUACACAUGAGAUCGUUUUUGUCUGGUGACAAUGAGUUUCAAUGUACCAUAAAUGUCCUGGGUUUGCUAUAAUGAAUAAAAAUUAACUAAACAACUGAGUCAGCCUCGUGGAAAGGUUUCCUCCCUCCUCCCACACAGUGUCACUUAAUUUUAAACUGUGUAUUUAUGUUCACGUCCAUGCCCACCCUUUCAUUAGUCUAGGUUACUACAUGUGCUUUAUCUACAAGUGCCAAAGUUUGCACCACUUGCCUUGGUGUUUGUGUAGUUGUGGUGUGGUCUGCAAAUCCCCAAACCCACAAGAAGGUGUGUCAGUGAUUUGGGAUUUUUAUUUAAUUCAUAGCAGGUCUCUCCCACUCAUUAACUGCUUUAAAAGUGUCUGAAUAGAAAGAGGCCACGACUUACGAUGCUCGGAGUGUUUAUGAUUUGUGAAACCCUGCCAGAAGUAUUACACUGCCACCAGUGCCUCCUACAGCUUCAUACACACACGUGGAUGCGUGCUCAUUAUUAAAAACCACAAAGACUGACUGUUGUUAUGGCUAAAGGGAGUUUCUGUAUACUUUACAGUGUCUGUGUAUCCGUUUUUGGUCUUAAAUCCUAUUUUCAUUCAUUUUUUUUAAUGUACUUGCACUUCUGUUUGGAUGUUUUGUUAAGAUGAAAGAGGAAAUUA